AUGCGGCGGAUGCAGGUGGCAGAUGCAGGACUGACGACGGUGACGCCCGUGGGCGCCGCAUCCUUCUUGAAGGGGUCGUCGAAGGCGGCGGCGGGAAGGAAGCGAAAAGGUCCUAACUUGAAAACGCUCGCCGCGUGCAAGCGCCCUGUGCCGACGCGAGCAACCGGCGGCUGGGCGUCCCUGCCCACUGACAUAGUUGGCCUCAUCACCCGCCGGCUCCUGGCCGGCGACAGUGACGUGGUUGAUUACAUCUCCUUCCGCACCGUCUGCUCCGGCUGGCGCGCCUGCACGCCCACGCCGCGCGACCCUACUCUGCGGGAUCCCCGCCUUCGCCCGCGAGGCUGGGUCGCGCUCUGUGGCGGCGACGCCGUCCGCCCAGACGAUGCCGGCGAGAUCGUCUUCUUCCAUACGCGCACGGCCAGGCGCUUCCGCGUCCUCCUCCCGGACCUCCGGUGGCACAGGAUCGUCGGCUUCACCGAUGGCCUCGUCAUCCUCAUGGACAAGCGUACAACCGAGAUCCGCGUGCUGCACCCGUUCACGCGCGUCGUGGUCGACCUCCCGCCCCUCCUCCCCUUGUACCACGAGGUGGUCAGGCAGAAGUCGUCUCUGCUUGACAUGAACGCCGCGGUAUGCAGCAGCGCAUCCUCCGCGACCUCCAUCGCCGUGGUGGUCUGGUUCCCCUACACAAACGUGGUGCUCGGUGCCGACCACCCAAAUUCAGACUGGAAGGUCCUCCACCGAGGGCUUUAUGUUUGGAACACCUUGCCCUUCCAAGGAAGGCUCUAUGCCACCACCCUGUCGCGUUCAAGCAGGAUCCUGCAGCUAUACCCUCCUCCGGGAAAUGAAGACUUCGAGAAUCCUGUGGUGGUUGGUCAUGUUCCAUAUUUUGCUGACCGCGUGUAUUGCGAUUUUCUACUCGUGGAGUCUGGUGGACGGAUGCUGCUCGUCAUCCGGCACCCAGCUCCUGGUACAAAUGCGUUGGACUGGUCGCGACUAGUAGUCUUCAAGCUCUAUGAAGUGGAUGUGAACAGCCACCCCUGUAAGCUUAUCCCGGUGAACAGCUUAGGUGACCGCUCGCUGUUUCUCAGCGGCGACCGAUGCCUGUCUGUUUCAGCCAGGGACCUCCAUUCCUUGAGCAGCAACUCCAUCUACUUCAGUCUACCACAUGACCCCAUCGUGGUGCAUUCGCUGGGGUCUGGUUUGUCCGAGCGGUUAUCAGAGUCCUGCCAAAUACAUGACAGGAAGGAUAGGAUCCGCCCAUCUGUGCGCCCCUUCACCGUUGCUGAUCAUCUUAUCACCUACUGCAAUCCUCGUGAGUGGUCUAAAGGACUCAUGUUCCACGAGUACCAAUACAUACCUGAAUCGUUCAAGGAACUGAUUGAGAACAUCCGGGCACAAAACGCGCAGUUGAAGAUUCGACGUGUCACUCUGCAUUCGCGCUGAAGGAGCAAACGCCAAGCUUCACAUUACCCAAUGAGUGAUGAAGGUUCUGAAAACAUACAGAGAAGAAGAGAGGAGACAUGAUUAUGAAGAGACUUAGUUUGCUAGGCUUGCUGAGAACUUGGGGAACUAUGUAUCUGUCCAACU